AUGAAUGUUAAACUUAUUGCAGGAGUUUUGAAGUUCAGUUAUGCGAAGGAGUUUAAGAUAACACGAAUGAGUCAUAGAGUUCAAUUGCUUCUGGGAGCAUACCAUAUGACAUUUCCUUUGAAAAGUAUUGACAAAACGAUUGAGAUGAAAUCUGUUCCAUACGUAUGUUAUGGCAAUUGUUUAUACAUUGAGUCUAAAAUAGCUAAUGUCACAGGUAUUUCAGGAGUUAAUAGUAAAGGUUCAGUAGAAUAUAAGUCUUUCUGUUAUGAAGUAAAUUCAAUGUUCAUUCCAAACGUUCCUGUCAUAGCAACUCAUUUAGGUAAAUGGGUUCGCAUUAGUCCUCAUAAUUUGAAAGACAUGCAAUUCAGACUAGUUGACUUUCAAGGAGAGCCUGUAGAACUGAAGGCACCAGUGCGAAUGACUGUUGAAGUAGACUUUUUAGAAAAUAUUAAAUGCAACAGCUUACAAGAGAACUCAGAGCUAAAAAUAUAA